AUGGACCGGGACGAGGCCCGAGAUAGAAUCCAGAAAGUCUUUCUGGAUUCCAUCCCAGACUUCAACCCGGUCCGUUUCUWAGCAAUAUUGUUUUGUUUUGUUACAGGAGACAUGGAUAUGACACUUAAGAUCAACCAAGACGACURGUUCCCGGCCGCGCUGUCAAAUCUCGCUCACGUAGGGAAAACCUCUUCUCGUCUUAAGGCUAGGUUAACUCCCUCUCAGUUAGACAUGUUUAGUCAAACAUGUUUUGGUCYRAUUUUAGGGAUGAACKUUGUAUUUAACGRUYCGUUGCUCCAUCACCUGUUGCUUAGAGAGGUGGAGGAACCUAGAGACGACCUCAUUAGCUUUAACCUAUUCGGGAAUAGGGUCUCUUUUGGGAAGCGGGAGUUCGACCUAAUAACCGGUCUUAGACACACCAUGAAUAGGGUAUACGAUGAUGUGCAUAACCGGAGACUUAGAAUUCUGUAUUUUCAAGACAAGGCGAGUGUGAAGUGUUCGGAGUUGGAGAAAAUUUUUUUAGAACACACAUUCAAAAAUGACGAGGACGCUGUGAAGAUUGCUAUAGUGUACUUCAUAGAGCUUGCCAUGAUGGGCAAGGAAAGGAAGCAGAAAAUGGACACGAGCCUCCUUGGGAUUGUGGAUCGGUGGGAAGUUUUCUGUAAUUAUGACUGGAGUUCAAUGAUUUCUGAAAUGACUCUUUAG